AUGUCCGAACAAGGGCCAUCAGAACUCUAUCGACACCCCACAAGAAGCGAGAUCAUUGACCAAGCAGUAGCCGAAGGCCACGAUGCAGAUAUCCCAACCAACCUUGGCUCGAUACAUCAAGUGCCAAGUCACACUUCCGGCAACGCAGCCUGGCAACACAAGGUCAAAGACGAAUACGAACCAGGAGAGAAAGAUAUCGAAAAGGGCAACACCAAUUCAAUAUCUAGCGGCGAUGACGACGACACAGAAGCAGACGAUGACCGAGACCCCAACAUCGUCGACUUCGACGGUCCGGACGACCCUGAGAACCCAAUGAACUGGACAGCCUUCAAGAAAUGGGGCACAGUAUCUCUCGUCUCUGCAAUCACCUUCCUCACACCACUCGCGAGCUCGCAGUUUGCACCCGGCGUACCCGACGUCAUGCGCGAGUUCCAUUCGACAAACGACCUACUCUCUGGCUUCAUGGUGUCAGUGUACGUGCUUGGCUUCGCAUUUGGGCCGAUGAUUAUCGCGCCACUGUCUGAAAUGUAUGGGCGAUUGCCGCUAUAUCACAGCUGCAAUCUCUUGUUUAUUAUAUUUACGAUUGCGGCGGCUGUGGCAACAAAUAUGACGCAGUUUAUUGUGUUUAGGUUCUUCAUGGGGUGUUUUGGCGGAGCGCCCAUGGUGCUUGGGGGUGGCACGAUUGCAGAUUUGAUUCCGAGAGAGCAGAGGGGGACAGCGAUGUCGGUGUGGAUUAUGGGGCCUACUAUUGGGCCUUGCGUCGGUCCUGUGAUCGGUGGCUUCCUCACGGCUGCAAAGGGGUGGAGAUGGAACUUUUGGUUUGUGGCUAUACUGGGUAGUGCAUUCUUCAUCAUCUCACUUAUCCUCAUGUCAGAAACGUCCGCUGUCAUCAUCCUCCAACGCAAAGUCAACCGCUUGAAAGCCUCAACCGGCAACUCUAAACUGCGCUCCAAACUUGACACAGGGCUUACCCCUCAACAACUCUUCCGAUACUCAAUCGUCCGCCCGGCUAAAAUGCUGUUUCUUUCGCCAAUCUGCUCUUCCAUCUCCAUAUACAUCGCGGUCAUGUACGCCUAUCUCUACAUCCUCUUCACCACCUUCUCGGCCGUCUUCAGGAAGCAAUACGGAUGGAGUAGCAGCAUAAGCGGUCUUUCAUUCCUAGGUAUAGGUAUAGGUUCAUUCAUUGGGCAAUCCAUUGUCGUCCAUUACGGCAACAAAACUGUCAACAAGCACAUCAAACGCGGCGAUUUCCGCCCCGAACACCGGCUCUACAAUAUGUGCAUCGGCGGCAUCUCUAUUCCUGGCGGACUCUUCAUGUACGGCUGGAGCGUCCAGUACCAGACACACUUUAUUGUGCCUAUGAUUGCAACGGGCAUGAUUGGAUUUGGCCUGUUGAUGACGUUUUUGCCUGCCAACACAUACCUGGUUGAUGUGUUCACGGUGCAUGCGGCGAGUGCCAUGGCAGCAGCAACGGUGCUGAGGAGUCUGGUUGCAGCGUUCGUUCCGCUGAGCAGUAAAACUAUGUAUGAGAAGAUGGGAUAUGGAUGGGGUAAUAGUAUGUUGGGGUUCAUAGCGACCGCACUGGUGCCGAUUCCAUUUUUGUUCCUCAAGUUUGGGGAUAGGAUUCGAGCGAGAAGUACAGUCAAACUAUGA